AUGCAGUCGCCACUGCUAGCGCUGCCGACAAAAGAGACGCGCGAUGUCGAUCUGGUCAAGCCCAUGUCGCACUUGAUUGUCAAAAACUAUGAGCAAGAUCCUGCGACGUUUGCCGAUGAACUGCACGGAAUUGCACAAGUCAGACAGGAUGCGACCGGUCGCGCAAGUACUGAGACCACGGGUCGAGAUCUCCUGUUUCGUUACUUUCACAUUAUCGAGAUGUUGGAGCUCCGGUUUCCUGAACUAGAAGUUCCAUUUACGUGGCUCGACUCAUUCUCACAUGACCAGGUCGAACAAACAGCACUGGCAUAUGAAAAAGCAUGUGUUUUAUUUAACACGGCCGCACGCAUCACGCAUGUAUCUGCACAGUUCAAUCGAAGUGAUGCGAACACAGACGGACUCAAGCGUGCGUACACUGGAUUUCGACAAGCUGCUGGUCUGCUUCAGUAUGUCAAAGACAGCUUUUUGUAUGCACCCAGUGAUGAUAUGAAGGGCCCAUCCUUGGAGUCUUUGGUCAAGCUGAUGCUUGCUCAAGCCUCGGAAAUCUUUCUGGAAAAGACGAUUCACGACAAGAAGGGCGACGGUCUUGUAUCAAAGCUGGCCUGUCACACAGCUACAUCCUAUGCGUCAUUGUUAACAGAAUGGAAUGACGAAGCAUGCACGGUUCGCGUACCAUAUAUGUGGCAUCAACUUGUGGAGUGUAAGUCGAACCACUUUACCUCUGUUGCACAUAUGUAUCGAGCGAAAGCGGAUCGAGCUGCUGGAAAGCAUGGUGACGCCCUUGCUCGUUAUCGCUAUGCUGAAGUGAAAGCGCGUCUUGCUGUUAGUCAAGCAACACUCGAUACUUGGUCAUUGGCGACGUACCUUCGACCGACGCUACCUGUUGACGCGACUGCUGCUCUGAAACAUUUGGCGCAAGUGCAAUUGACCAACGCUGGCGAAGCCUGCCGAGAAGCUGAGCGCGACAAUGACGUCGUGUAUCAUGAGCGAGCACCCGAUGUCGAUACGCUGCCACCUUUGGACCAGACAUCCGUUGCUACAGCGAUCCCCAUUCGGGAAAUAUUUUCACAGUCUGAAGUACAGAAAGUGCUUGGUGCUGAUGUGCUACCCAGCCUCGUGCCUCUUAGUGUGCUACAAAACACAUCCGUGUACACCGAAGAACAGGCCAAACUUGUUCGUGCUGAAAGCGCACGCAUCGAUGCUGCGAAUGAGCGCAUCCCUGAAGCUUUUUCAGCGCUCAACCUGCCGGAUUCGCUUGAGCGCUUUGCGUCCUUGGAUGGUGCGCCACUACGGCCCUGCAUCCCAUCAUCGCAAGUUCUUGACAUGUCGGACGAACUUGUCGCAUGCCAAGCAUGUACACGCGUGGAUCGAGUCCUCGAAUCGCUGCCAAAGCGCUCUGCGCCGGUCGUGUCGACACUCGAUGAUGCUCUCGCAGACUUGGACACAGAUGCCCGCGAAUGCGAACGGGGGCGUGUUCAACAUGCAGCUACCUGGACACAGGCACCAACAGCGAGUGUUGCCCGAGCACUUCGGCGGGAUAUCCACGCAGCUCGUGAUGCUCUUGCUACAGCAAAAGAGAAUGAUGUGGGCAUGUCUCGGCUAUGGGAUGAAGUUCGUGAGGACGUCGCCCUUCUUGAGCGUGGAAGGAGCGCGGUGUCUGCUGCGUACGAAGAACGUGCACACGUGUCGCCCUCGAUGGACCUGAUUGAUGCAGAUCUAUCAGAUCCUGAACCGGCUCGGCGACUUUAUGUUGAGCUAAAGGCACACCUGAAUGCACUUGAGCGCAUGCCGUUGGAGCGCCAAGCUAUGUUGCAGGAAUUGAAGCAGCGGGUACGCCAUGACGAUAUCUCACGUACCCUGCUUCUGCAUCGGCGUGUCCAAAACGUGGAACAAACGCUAUUUGCACAGGAGCUGGGGAAAUAUGCGCCUUUGCAGAAGCAAAUCCGUCAUCACAUCACGCUCCAGUCGCAGCGAAUCGAUGUCAUUCGCGAUGCCUUAGAGCGGCUUGCUACGCACCCGGGCGCGGCCGAUGUGCGUCGGCACUGGGAUGCAUCUGAAGGCGCAGCUCGCGACAUGAAUGAACGACUCAGCCGCGCCUACAAUGCAUACACGGACGUCCAACGAGCGGUGGCUCAAGCCCAGGUUUUUUAUGACGACAUGUCAUAUUCGGCCAACCAACUCGCUGCAGCAACGGAGCGUCUUGUUGCGCAGCGCCGUGCAGAGCGUGCCACCUUCUUGUCCUCGGCAGGCCAUGUUUCAAAUGAAGCAUGUGCAACUUCGUCGGCCGCUACCCCCCCAACCACACUAGCCCAGGAUCUCGAGGCGUUGCGUAUGAAUGAAUCCCAUGCCAAACAUCGAGGCGGUGCACCACCGCCCCCACCGCCUCCAAGAUUGUCAUCGUCAUCGUCAUUUACUUCUUCCUUAGCUCAGAGUUUCGGCCGCGCCACUGACCAGGCUCCAACUGGACACACGAUGUCAUCUGACUAUGCAGACAAGAAGCCCGUACCACCGCCUCGACCACCGCGCGUUUAA